AUGCGCUUGUUCAUACCAUCACUAGCACCACUGGUAGCCUUGCUAUCUUUGGCGACCGCGCAGGUCCAUCUCGCUGUUCUAGGUCCAGAUGGAGUCUCCGUCGCUUAUCACGCCAAUUCUUCCGACCUUGGAGCGAUCCCUACUGGAUCCAAGAACACACAAGCUGGUGUGAUUCGACCAUCUUCAAAUCCGAGCCUACAGUCGCAAACCAACGAGGCCCCAUCAGUCGUCCCAUUUCCGACCGAAGUUGUUGCGUUACCAUCAGUUGUGGGGUCGAAGUUCCCCGAGCAGCCAGCUGAAAGUUCCCCUAUCAACUCACCUCCAAGUCAAUCCGCCGUCCAAUUUAUCGCUCCUCUUGAGUCCUGGACACCUGUUCAGUAUUCAACACCAAUCGAGCCCAAUAUUGCUGGUCAACCAGGACCAGAUGCAGCACACCCGAUGGGUUUCUGGAUUCUCAACAGGAACGCUCUGAAGCACCACAUCAGUGCAGACUGGGCGGCAGAGGACUUGGGAGAGUUUGGCUCUCAUGAAAUUUUCAAUUUUAGAACGGCUACAGUCGAGCCGGGUGAGAAUCUGUGGAUCCCUACAAUACCUGGUGUGAGCCCGAAGCUGUAUGUGGGCAUCUCUCCCAACAACAACACAGCCGAAAUUGGUGAGCAUCGUGAUCAUGACACACUCAUCGAGGCUUCCUUCAGAGGAGGUUAUGGCCACCUCUACUUCGAUAUCGACAUUGAGCGUGGCUUCUCUUCACCAGUCUGGUGCCAUGGACAGGGUGACGCAUGGGAAGACGGUCAAGGUUGCGUUGCAGAUCUGCUUUCUGUGUGUCCUGAGAAAGAUCAACACCACAAUCCGAAGACCAAUGUGUACGACCAAUGUCGAGGAGCUCCAGACAACAUUGCCUUCCGUCGCCAAUACUGCCCCAAGACCUACGUAGUGUCUAAUGACGAUUAUGCUACAAGGACUACGUCAGACAAGGAUGUGCUCAUGUGUACUAUCAUCGGCACGCCAUCCACUAGCAGGAUACAGACUGCUCAGGUUGCCGAAGCCGAAAGAAAACAGGCAGCCGGCAUUGAUCCGACUGCGGUCUUGCCUCGACGUGCCCUGCCACGAGUCCACAUCAAGAAGAAGCAGUCCACAGGACAUGUUUGA